GCCAUGGUAUAGGAAGCAAGCAAGCAAGUUCACUGCUGUCUCCUCGAGCGAAUAAUUAAAGGCAUUCCCAGCGAUGGACGAACACCCCGACGAAUCUCAGUCGCAGGAAUCUUACGUCCCAUCACCCACGAAGGCACCGCGCCAAAGGCAGCGUAGCCCGGACGAACGCAGAGACAGACGGGUCGAGGCAGAAGAUGUCACCGAAGAUCAAGAAUACCUGCUAGACGUCGACGCGAGCUCGAAACGACCGCGCCAUGAAAGAGAAUAUAGCCCCGUCGCUCAGGGCUACGACGAAGGCUGCGAUGGAAGCCCUAUACCGACUGGACUCUGCAUGGAUACCGUGGAGAGACAAAGAGACACCAGCCCGUAUGCCGGAGAAGAAACGCGCGCAACCAGGGCAUCCGAGACCCGCGACGAGGGCGACCAAAUCCCCGCGGCGAUCUCGGAGGCUCCAGACGGGCCUAGGAGGCGAGAGCCGAGGGAAACUGCGGCGAGAAAGGACGUCCGCGCAAAAGCGCCUGCGCCCUGGGCGCCGAAGUACGAGUUUUCGACGAGCUCGUCAAGUUCGGAGCUGCGGCCGGUAGACCUGCCACCGAUGGGGAAGCGGCAACCUGCGGCCAGGCCCGAAAGACCGGUGGAACGUCGCAAGAGUAGCAAAGCCAGCGUGGGCGGGACGUCUACGGCUUCGGACCGACUGCCAGCUUCGACCGUGAGCGCGUCGAGGAGUAGGAGCCGUGUAUCGCGAGCGAGUUACAAGCCGACACGAUCUGAUGCGACCGCACCGCCGCCUGAGGAUCGACCCUCGGACACGGCACCACGGACGGCUGGGCCAGGACCAUCAAAGAAUUCGCGUAGAGCCGGUAGCUUCGUUUGCCAAGACUCCACGGCAUUGUCAAGACUCCACGGCAUCCGAGACAACCCAGCCGCAGCGCUGUCAGCCACAGCAAUAUCAGCCGCAAGUCUAUCACGAAGCAGGCGUCUCAAAGAUCCAUCAGUGCUGGUGUAGCGGGCAAGAAACCCCAGCCCUCUGCUGAGCCGAACGUCGCCGAAACCAGCCGAGUGAGCACGGCUUCAGGGAAGCGACAGACUCCAGGAAAGGCCCCGGCCUCAACGUACCGCGACGAGAGAGGCAGCGCGAUCAGCGCUGAUCGCCGGUCACUGGCGUCCAAGGCAAGCGCCGAUAGCCGUCGUAGCCGAGCAUCCACUGGACGCCCUGGCGACCAGUCCGGCGGC